GAGGAAAUCCAAAGGGAAGAGCCUGUUGAGAGAGAAGGACACACACACCUGUGAGAAGGGAAACCACACUCUAGCUUGAAGACAUGGCCAACGCAUCUGUCCAAACCAGUGACUUCUCCCUGGAGAAGAAUCUAACCUGCUCCAUCUGCAUGGAGAUAUUCAGUGAUCCGGUCACUACGCCUUGCGGUCACUCUUUCUGCAGUAAAUGCCUGGAGUGCAGCAUCUCUGUACAUCAUGUUAAUGACAUGUGUCCUCUUUGUAAGAAACAUCUCAGUAAAGCUCCUGAUGUUAACAUUGUGCUGAGAGACAUUGCCCAGCAAAUGAAAACCACAAUCAGCAACAGGAGCUCGGGUGAUGCUGGGGAAGUGGUUUGUGACGUUUGCACUGAGCCGAGGCAGAAGGCUAAGAAGUCCUGCCUUGUGUGUCUCGCCUCCUAUUGCUCAGAUCACUUGGUAAACCAUUCAGCUGAAAGGCUGAAGGGUCACAAGCUGGUGGAACCACUGCAGAACUUAGACGCAAGGGCCUGUCUGAUCCAUGGACGUUCACUAGAGCUGUACAGCAAGACGCAACAGAAAAGCAUCUGUGUUCGAUGUUUAGAAGGAAGUCAGGAGGAAGUUGUCUCCAACGAAGAGGCCUGGCUCGAAAAGAAGACUCAACUUGAAAACACAAAGAGAGCAUUAGAAGAGAGGAUUGAAAUAAGAAAGACAAAGAUGGAGGAGAUAAAUGCAGCUCUAAAGGAGAGCAAGGACCUAAUUGAAAACGAGUGGUGGGACAUAGAGAAUGUUUUUUCUGCUCUGGUUGUUAUUGUGGAGGCAGCCCAGCAUAAAGCUCUUAAGCCACUAGCGAAUAGGCGGGAUGAAAUGGAGGAAGAUGCCAAAAAUCUGAAAGAGGAGCUGGAAGGAGAAAUAAAAAAAAUAGAGAAAACAAUCUCAGAACUAGAUGACGUCUCAGGGUUUGAAGAUCACAUCCUUUUCUUACAGAAGUAUCCUUCUGUUUCAGUCCAUGAUGACAUGAAGGACUGGACAGACGUUAAACUUGACAAUACUCUGUCUUUUGGCUCCAUGAGAGAAAUUUCAACAACAAUGCUUAGAGAUAUUCAGCAGGAGCUGAAGAAGCUGGACACCAUUGAACUGAAAAGACUUCAGAAGUUUUCAGUGGACGUAGAACUAGACGCACAGACAGCACACCAACGCCUCAUUAUUUCCCCCAAUGGGAAAGAAGUCAAAGAUGGAGGCGAAAUCCAGGAAGUAGCUGAUUCUACAGAGAGGUUCGAUGUCUUUGGCAGUGUUCUCGGACUCAACAGCUUGACGACUGGAAAGUCAUACUGGGAGGUGAAGGUCAACAACAAGACCGGAUGGGAUCUAGGUGUAGCAAGAGGCAGUGCAGGCCGUAAAGGAAAACUCAAGCUCAGCCCAGAUCAUGGUUACUGGGUUCUGGUACAUUAUGAGGAGGAGAACUAUGCAGCCAUGAUGAAUCCACCUAUUGGUCUUUCCCUGGAAGAGAAGCCAGAGACAGUCGGGGUCUUUGUGGAUUACGAGGAAAAUCUCUUGUCCUUCUAUGAUGUGACGACCCAGUCUCAUAUCUACUCAUUCACAGACUGUUUAUUCAAAGAUGAGAUAUUCCCUUAUUUCAGCCCACAUUAUAAGCAGGAUAAGAUGAAUUCUGAGGCUUUGGUUGUUUCUAAUGGAACACAUUCGGAAAUGGGCGAAGUUUGGAGGAGUUUUUGCUCCAUUUGUCUUUAACCAGAAUAUCAAAUGUUUCUGAUUUAAGAGGUAAUUUUACAUAAUGAAAAAUUGGGGGAAAUAACUAUUUCUAAAAAAUAUAGCAACAAAAAAACAAAUGUGUGAUUUUUUUGGGGGUCAAAUUUUGCAAAAUUGUUUUUGAAGGAAAGUUUUUUUUAUUACACCUAAACUCUAUUUCAAUUCUAUAAGCUUUUAACAAAACAUCUUAAUGGAUUACAAUCCACAUCAAACUACAUGCUAACUUGCUGUGUCCACAGUAAGCUUAAACUACCACUGAUGGAAUCCCUGUCAUCCUUUCCUACUGUUACAACCAACCUUCAAAUAACCAGUCCUGUACUCAUGUACAGUAUGUAAACGAGAACAUACAAUGGCAUAACUAUCGGUAAGCAGAGUAUGCAGUUGCUUAGGGGGACCCGACCUCUUAGGGGCACCAUCACUGACACCUGGUUGGCCCCCUACACAGCUGUGGACUAGGACCUCCUUUGCAGAUGUAAUGGUGCGAAAAAAUUUUAAUA